AUGGCUGCUGUCACUGAUUAUGGACUCUCGAAUCACCGCCUUCGCCACCGGAUCGUCAACUCCUCCAUGACCGCGACCAGGUAUUAUCUUCAUCUCAGAUUCUUGAAUGUUACUCUCUUCUUCUCUUCAUUGAGCCUCUCCUUAUUUAGGAUUAUUUUUGGAGGAGUUCCAUUUGGGCGGUGCUUCGGGUUUGGUGGUUGGGUUUGUCUUGCCGACGCUUUUGGGUUGCUUUUGGCUUCUUCCGUCUUCCAAAGUGAAAUUGGUUCUACCUUGAUAGUGAUCGCAUUGAUUCGGCUUUGAUCUCAUUCGCUCAGGUACUUCGAUAUGGUUCCUUUGGUUAGAUUGGCCGUUUGAAUUUUUGAUUUGGCUUGCAUGUUGGUUUUGUAUCAGAUUGAGUGUCACUGUUUUGCGGAGGUUUUUUGAUAGACUUCAGAUUUUGGCAUUGAAAUUGUAUACGUAGCUCCAAGUUCGUAGGCUCUAAAUUUCUGCAUAUAUAUACAUGUCCCAUAGCAUACUCAUUUUCCAUAUAUACAUAUGA